UGGAGGGGCGAGGUGCGUCGCGACGGAGACGACGCUCACUUAGUGGACGGCAGCAUGUGGUGGUGGCUGCUACUCGUCGUGACGUUGGCGUCGGCCAAACGCGCUCCAUCGGCCCAGGAGUCCGUCAUCGAAGAGGUCACAGCCAAGCAGCUGGAACGCGUUCUGGCGGAGAAGGAUUUCGUGGCUGUGUUCUGGUAUGCACGCAGCUGUACCACUUGCGAUCGUGUUCUGGAAGAGCUGGAACAAAUCGACGACGAUACUGACUCUUUUGGUGUUGAUUUCGUCAAGAUUAACGACAAACGACUGGCCAAGCAGUAUGGCAUCACUAAAUUUCCAGCACUUACAUACUUUAGGGAGAAGAAACCCAUCAUCUAUGAAGGUGACUUGAUGGAUGAGGAGAAUGUUUUGGAAUUCUUAACGAGCCUGGAAGCCAUGGAUCUUCCUGACAGAAUAGAGGAAGUCAACGCAAGAAUCCUAGAAAAAAUUGUCGAAGAGACCGAAUUUGUUGCCGUACUGUUCUGUCCUGAUGCGAAUACAUGCUCGAAAGGGGGACUCAAUCAACCCGCUUGCAAGAAAUGCGCCAAAGUGCUCCAGGAGUUGGAGAAUAUCGACGAUGAAGCAGAUCAGCUUGGCAUCGGUUUCGUGAAGAUAAAUGAUGAAGCCCUAGCAGAAGAAUACAAUUUGGGAACACUGCCAGCCCUGGUAUACUAUAGGCAUCAGAUACCAAUUAUUUAUGAAGGAGAACUCACCAAAGAAGAUGAUGUAUUAGAGUGGUUGGUCCAACACAAGAGCACAGGUGAUGAAGAUGAUGUUAUCGAAGACGUUACAGCGAAAACUCUAGGCACCCUCAUUUCCAGUGUCGAUCAUCUAGCUGUUCUGUUUUAUGACCAUGGCGACGAAGAAUCAAUGCAAGCUCUGGAAGAGCUGGAGCAUAUCGACGAUGACUGCGAUAAGUACGGUAUACAGUUCGUUAAAAUUGAUGAUCCAUCUGCUGCAAAUGAAUAUGGUCUCGACUCUCUACCAUCAAUAGUUUACUUCGAAAAAGGACUACCGAACGUAUAUGAUGGUGAUCUGGAAGCUGAGGAAGACAUAUUGGAAUGGCUUGUUCAACAACUGGAGAAGGACGAAAUCGAAGAUGUCACUGAUGAGAUGCUGGAUAAGCUCAUCAAAGAAUCGAAGAACCUAGCUGUUUUGUUCUAUGACGACGAUGAUCGAAAAUCGCAAAAGGUUUUGAAUGAAUUAGAGAAUAUCGACGAUGAAUGCGACAAGCUUGGCAUUGUUUUCGUGAAAAUAGACAAUGAUGACGAAGCUAAGGAAUAUGGUAUUGACAAAAUACCUUCCCUUGUUUAUUUCGAGGAUGGCAUUCCUACUCUUUACGAGGGUAAUUUGGAAGAUGAGGAAAAGGUACUGAAAUGGUUCGACGAACAAGUUAAGGGCGACCAAAUCGAAGAUGUUACAGAUGAGAUGCUGGAUUUGAUACUUGAGAAGAAGACAUAUGUAGCGGUCCUUUUCUAUGAUAAAGAUCAGAAGAAGAGUCAAAAGGUUCUGACAGAAUUGGAAAAUAUAGACGAUGAGUGCGAUCAAAAUAAGAUUGCCUUCGUCAAGAUCGACAACGAUGAGGAGGCCAAAGAAUACGGCAUAGACUCACUACCGACCUUGGUGUAUUUCGAAAAGGGAAUACCCCACGUUUAUGAAGGUGAUCUACUGAAAGAGGACGAACUGCUUGGAUGGUUGCUUCACCAAAAGAAACACAGUGAAAUUCCUGAAGUCACCGAUGAAAUGAUGGAAAUUCUGAUUGAGAAAAAGAAGUACCUCGCUGUUUUAUUCUAUGAUAAAGACGACAAACAGGAUAUUCGUGUUCUGAACGAACUAGAAAACAUUGAUGAUGAGUUGGAUUCUGAAGGAAUUAUCAUUAUAAGGGUUGACAAUGAUGCUGAAGCUAAGGAUCUGGGCAUUGAUCAUCUCCCAGCUCUCGUCUACUAUGAAGAUAAAAUUCCAUCCAUAUAUGAAGGUGAUCUCAUGAAUGAAAACGAGGUUCUUCAAUGGCUGAUUGAACAAAAGCAAACAGCAACUAUCGAAGAAGUAACAGACGAAAUUCUGGAAGACCUAAUCCAGGAACAUGAGUAUGUCGUUGUCUAUUUCAGUGGCAAGUGUGAGGAAGGUGAAAAAUGCGACGAUAUUCUGGAUGAACUGGAGAAUAUCGAUGAUGAAUUGGAUGAAACUGGCAUCAUCUUCGUCACUACUGAAGAUUUAACCCUAGCCAAGAAGCAUGGAAUCAAAGCUUUCCCAAAACUGGUAUUCUUCCGCAACAAGGAACCUCUCAUUUAUUCUGGAGAUGUUGAAGAUGAGGAUGAAGUGUUAGCGUGGUUGACCGAUGAGAACACUUUAGAAAUACCAGAUCGUAUAGAAGAGGUCAACACUAAAAUGCUGGAUAAAAUUUUGUCGGAGAACGAACACGUUGUUGUGUAUUUCUAUAAAGAAGGUGAAAAGAAAUCGCAGAAAAUCUUGCAGGAGCUCGAGAAUAUAGAUGAUGAAUGCGAGGAUAAAGACAUCGACUUCGUGAAGAUUUCAGACGAGGGAGUUGAUAAGGAAUACGAUCUCCCCAGCUUACCCGCCGUUGUUUUUUACAGAAAUAGGUUCCGAGAAAUAUAUACAGGUGAUCUUAUGCAUGAGGAGGCUAUCUUGGAAUGGAUAACAGAGUUGAGAGAUUCUGAGCCUGAUGUGAUAGAGAGCGUUGAUAGGAAAACUUUGCAGGUUCUGAUAAAUGACGUAGAACAUCUAGCUGUUCUCUUCAUACGUGACGAUUGUGAGGAGUGCGAUGAAGUCCUAGAAGAGCUUGAAAAUAUAGAUGACGAUACCGAUAAGGAGGGUAUACAGUUCGUCAAGUCCAAAGACUCGAACUUGGCGUCCGAAAUUGGUAUUUUCAGUUUUCCUGCACUGGUUUACUACGAAACGGGAGUACCCAUAAUGUAUGAUGGAAAUCUGAUGGACGAAACAGAAGUUCUGGAAUGGAUGGCAGACCAGAAAAACGAUGAGUCGAUAGAAGAAAUUGAAAGGGAACAAUUGUUCAAACUUAUCGAGACUAAGGAGUUCUUAGCAGUGGUUUGGUAUAAAGAGGAAGAUCCAGACAGUCCCAGAAUUCUUCGACAUAUGGAAUUGAUAGACGAUGAAGCAGCAGAAUAUGGAAUCAAAAUUGUCAAGAUGCGUGAUCGUUUGAUGGCCAAGAAGUACGGUUUCAGAAAUCCACCUGGUAUAACAUAUUUCAAGAAAGGAAAAACCAUGAAUUACGAUGGAGAUAUAGACGAUGAAGAGGAAGUGCUGGACUGGCUGACAGAUCCAGAGAACAUGGAAUUGACCGAUCAUAUUGAGAAAGUCAACAGCAAAAUGUUCGAGAAAAUUCGACAGAGGUCAGACUAUGUAGCUGUUUUUCUAUAUAGUAACGAUUGCAAGCAAUGUUCAAAAGUUCUCCUGGAAGUAGAGCAUAUCGAUGAUGAAGCAGAUGCAGCAGGAAUAAAUUUCGUUAAGAUUGACGACAAGAAGAUGGCCAAGGAGCAUGGAGUAUUUGCACUUCCUGCGAUCUUGUUCUUCAAGCUUGGCGCAAAGGAUCCAGUGAUUUACGCUGGUGACUUAUACGAUGAACAGCAGAUCUUACAGUGGCUAAUGAUACAGAAAGAUCCAUCGGGAGAUGUAAUAGAAGCAGCUGAGGGUGCAAACCUUUUGGAUUUGAUACAGAAAACUGAUGCCCUUGCAGUUUAUUUUUGGAACAAGACCUUAUGCGAUUUGUGCAGCGAGCAAGAGCAGAAUGGUCGGAAAGCCCACAAAAACAAAACGAGGAAUAUUGAUGAAGUCGAGCAAGGAAAAAACGAUAAUGACGAUUGUGACCAAUGUGGUGCUAUCCUAGAAGAAUUGGAAAACAUCGACGACGACUGCGAGAGACAUGGCAUAACAUUCGUGAAGACGCAAGACUUGAAAAUAGCCGAACAAUAUGGCGCCAACGAAUUUCCGGUACUCAUGUAUUUCGAGAGUGGUAUCGGAGGAAUAUUCGAAGGUGACCUUCAAGAAGAAGAAGAGGUGCUUCAGUGGCUGAUACAGCAACGGACGGAGGAUCGAAUAGAGCUCAUAUCUCGGACCAUGCUGGAAAGGAUGGUUGAGGAGACCCAAUAUCUAGCCGUGUAUUUCUACAAGCAAAACUGCCAUAUAUGCGAGCAGAUCUUGGAGGACCUGGAACAGAUCGAUGACGAGUGCGACGUCUACGGGAUACAUAUGGUCAGGAUUCAGGAUCCACAACUGGCGAAGAGGUACUCGAUCAAAACAUUCCCGGCGUUGGUUUACUUCAGGAACGGUAAUCCUCUAUUGUUCGAAGGCGAUUUACAGAAUGAAGAAUCAGUGUUGGAGUGGCUCACUGAUGAUGACAAUAGGGAACUUGCAGAUGAAAUAGAAUCAGUAAAUGAAAGGAUGCUAGCAAGGUUACUGGCCGAGUCUUCUUUUCUAGCUGUAUUUUACUAUGACGAAGAUUGCCCAGAGUGUGACGAAAUCUUAGAGAAUUUGGAAGAAAUCGACAGCGAAGCCGAUCUGUUUGGUAUCGAUUUCGUGAAGAUUUGCAGUGCCAAAGCCGCAGCUGAACAGGGGUUGCACACACUACCGGCUCUUAUGUACUUCCGUAAGAAAACACCCAUGGUUUACGAUGGCGAUCUAACCCAGGCCACUAGGAUAUUGGAUUGGCUGACGUCACAGGAUGUCUUCGAAAUCAAGAAUGAAAUUGAAGAAGUGAAUAAGAAGAUGUUGGAAAAAUUGCUGGAGGAAAAUGAAUUUGUGACUGUUUUCUUCUAUGAAAUAAACUCCGAAGAAAGCAAGAUCAUCAUGGAAAAACUGGAAAACAUAGAUAGCGAAACGGACAAUUUCGACAUAACAUUCGUCAAGAUGGCGGACGCAAGAUACGCCAGGAAGUGGGGUGUGACCAAUCUUCCCGCCAUCGUCUACUUCCGUCGCAGAUUCCCCAGCAUAUUCAGAGGAGACUUACAUUCCGAAGCCGACGUUUUGGAAUGGCUGCGUAAAAACAGGUUUCGCCAACCGGAACUCAACAUCUUCAUGUACGCGCUGUUUGCAAUCAGCAUCGCAUUCGUCAUUUACACCGCGUUUCUUCUGCAAUGUUUCAAAACUCCGCAACAGGCGAUUGUAGUUCACCCAAAAGCAGCGUAGGUUUUUCCGAGUAUCUCGUAAAUGAUAAUCAAUUUUUUUUAUAUCACAAAAUGAAUCGAACCAUUUUUGACAAUAAGUGCAGAAUUUUUUCAUAUGCUGCUUUUUCGAUUUGACAUCGGACCAAUUUAGUUUCAAUUGAAUUUUUUAGUUUGUUCCAACUUUGUUCUUUGUAGUUAAUGAUUAUAAAUAGUUCAAUACGCCUUAAAAUCACUUAUAAGCGAUACAAAUUUCAUGAAUUUAUGUAAUAUUUUCAUUCCUAUUGGAACAAACUAUAUCUGAGGGCUCGAAAAAGCGAAUAUUAGAUAGAAGUACUCCUUAUUCAUUCCCAGAGUAAAUAUGGAAUAGAUUGUAAAUAAGUUUCUGGAUAUUAUUGUUAACUGCCUAUUUUUAGGUAGUUUCUCAUUGUUGUAUAUAGAAACAAAAUCUUGUAAAUAAAAUAACGUUCUUUUAUUGCACGCAA